UAAGAGAGCCCCAAAAGGGCCCCCCAAAGGAACAAAAGGGCCCCCCAAAACUUCCUGAGGGUUUUUUUUGCCCCAGGCUUCCAAAAAGUUCUAGGCAGCCCUGAUCAUACAACUGUUAAAACGUACUAACGCAAACCCGGAGCCGGGUUUUUUUUCCGGGAUUGCACGGCACUAAUGAAACCAAUAGAAAUAUAUUUGUCAAAAUUAACACUCAAAGGUGUUCUGUAACCUUAGAUGAUCGCAUAAACGAACAUCUUCUAUGUUGACUUUUCUAUUUAGCUUCACAUCGAGGACAAUUGUAUUUUACGGGACAGUGCAUAUAAAGUCCUAGACAUGUCAGGCCGGGAUGCUUUGUUCCACUACGCAACCACAAUUGAUCGGCAUCUUUUAAAGAUGGAUCGACUGCUCGAAGCGACAAAAAGGCUUUUAGAUUUGUCUUCUUACUUUGAUGUAAACGAGCAUCCUUUUAAGAUGUCGCUAUCAUUUGUCGCAACAAGAAUCCUUCGAUCGUCCAAAGAUGACGAGAAAUAUGGUGAAAGUAAUUUGGGAUUGAUAUUCUCUGAGGAGAGAAAUUGCGGGAAGACUCUGACGUUACGUCUGAUUGCCAAAUUUCAGGGAAUUGCCCAAAGUCGUCACCCACUACUAUUAUCAGGUGGGAAUCAGAACACAUCUGGCACAUCUGGAAAAAUGGCAUUGGAGAGUUUAAGCAAAUCGUCCUUGGUAUCCUUACUUGACGAUUCAAUAAUCAACCAGAAUCUGGGUGAAUUUUUGAACCAGGUGCAGGGUGGUCUGGCGCAGGGUUCAUCCAAAUCUGGUCUUUUGUACCCGAAAGGAAGCUUACUACUUUCCAGCAAUAAAAAAGAAGUACAAAGGAUAUUAGGAAGAGUGGUCAGGUUCGACUACCGACUCAAUCCCAAUCAUGAAGACCACAAUGAAGCUGCUUUGACAAAAUUCGCCUGUGGCAAUAAGGGUAUUCUGGUUGCAUGGUGCAUGCGAUUUCUUCCUAUCUAUGAAGAGAUAAUAGAAUCGUAUUUUGAAGAUGUGAAAUGCAUUCUGAAGGCGCAUUUCAAUACAGGAUGUCAAAUGCGAUGGAUUAAAGGUGUUGCAUAUAACCUCAUUACGUACACAAUGAUACAUGCAUCUGCUCAGAAACAUCCCGACCUAACAAAUGCCAUCACCAUGGUCAUACAGGGAAACAUGAGUCGUUCUGCGGAAAAGUCUACUAUACAAAGAUUAAUGGUGGAUAUUUAUUCACUUAUUCUGCAGUCAAAAUCGAAAGAUGUUUCUUGUUUGACAUGGAUAAAUCCACUCCCAAAGGUCCAAAUUACAGAAAACGGAUCGUGGGAGAAAGCCAUUUGCAUCAAGACGGUCAUGAUAGGAGAAAUGCAAAACGUUUCUUGGACGGAAGUAAAACAAGAAAUACAGAGUUCCACAGUAAACGGCUGGGAACAGAGAAGCAUUUGUUUCGCAAAAGGCAGCAACGCAAACCUCGCUGACGUGCGCUCUAAAAGGAAUUCAACGCUUGUAACAACUGGACAAGGGUUCAAAAUCCCACAGAAGUUAUUGGACCCUCUUUUUAUCGAGUGGGUAAAUUUUGUUACUGGUAAUAACGGUCAGCUGCAGCCAGACGUGGACUUUAUCGAAGCGCUGACAAACAAAGAAGAACACGGAGAUGACAUGGAAAGAAAUUUGGAGAAAGAUGAGGCAGACACGGUCCGUUCCAUAGAACAAGAGAUCGUGGAAAAAGUGUCAGAUUAUUGUGAUAGGAUCAGGCAAGGAUAUCACAAUACAAAUGACGACGUACCUUCAUCGCCGUCAAAUGCGCAAGACUAUUCACAAUUUUUGUCACCUGAAUCAAAGAAAUUGUACAACAGAUUCACCCCGAAACGGUUAAAGGCUUUUGACAUGGCUGUUAAAGCAGUAGAACGAGCAAGCCGGUUAUUAAGUGAAGAGCCAACAGCACAUGAUCGUACGAUAGAUACUGCGAUAGAUACUGCAUCAGGUUCAGGUAUUAAUCAAACACCCAUCCCGAGUAAUAGUGAGGUAAACCCAAAGAGGAAACUGCUAUUCGCGCAAGGAGCAUUUGGGGUUAUGAACGAUAGCACUGAAGGUAUAAUACAUGCUAGGAUUUUAUACGUUAGCAGUUUUAAGUAUAAUUGA